UUUUAUUUUGAAAGCAGCAAACGGAAGUAGCACCUUCUUCAUCCCUUCUAUGGCGCUCUAUGGCAGCUGUCCUCUUCUAUGCAACAUUACCUCCGCAGACUAGCCGAAAAAUAAUGACCAGUGAGCCGCAGCCCGGACCCGGAGCAGCGGUCACCUGCUCUGCCGGAGAACCGUGAGCAUGCCCCGGCUUGGAAAACAUCUCCCCAGCCUCUCAGACAACCAUUCAAGAUGUAUUUCAACCGGAGAGCCAAGAAGAUACACACCGAGGGGGAGCAGUUAGUGUUGACCACCCUUAGGCAGGAGGCUUCUGACCUGCAGGACCCAGGCCAAGGGGCUACUUUGUCUGCCCGCCUCACGGACAGGUUUGACAAAAGACCUGCGUGCUCGUCCGGAGGAUACCGAAAGGCAGAUGAUGAGAUGUCCGGGACUACUUCCCAGGCGGAUCCGGUAGACGCCACCGCCCGAUCGGUGCUGCUCAACGGGACACAGACCACCAAGUUCUGCGACAACCAUGUCAGUACCACCAAGUAUGGAGUCCUCACCUUCCUGCCCCGGUUCCUCUAUGAGCAGAUCAGGCGCGCUGCCAACGCCUUCUUCCUGUUCAUCGCUCUCAUGCAGCAAAUCCCCGAUGUGUCGCCGACGGGUCGCUACACCACGCUGGUCCCGCUCAUCUUCAUCCUCACUGUGGCCGGGAUCAAGGAGAUCAUUGAGGACUAUAAAAGACACAAAGCAGACAACACCGUGAACAACAAGACAACAAUAGUGCUGCGGAGCGGAGCCUGGCAGACCAUCAUCUGGAAACAGGUGGCAGUAGGAGACAUAGUGAAGGUGACCAAUGGCCAGCACCUUCCAGCUGACAUGGUCAUUGUGUCCUCCAGCGAGCCGCAGGCCAUGUGUUACACUGAGACGUCCAACCUGGAUGGAGAAACCAACCUGAAGAUCAGACAGGGUCUCUCGCUCACGGCUACCUAUCAGACCCUGGAGGAUUUGAUUGGUCUGUCUGGUCGUCUGGAGUGUGAAGGCCCCAACAGACACCUGUACGACUUCACUGGGACUCUGCGGCUGGAGAACCAGAAUCCCGCUCCUCUGGGUCCCGACCAGGUGUUGCUGCGCGGCGCUCAGCUUAGAAACACGCAGUGGGUUGUGGGAAUUAUUGUCUACACUGGCCAUGACUCUAAACUGAUGCAGAACUCCACCAAGGCCCCUCUGAAGCGCUCUAACGUGGAGCGGGUCACCAACAUGCAUAUCCUGGUCCUGUUCUGCAUCCUGCUGGUCAUGGCCCUGAUCAGCUCUGUGGGCGCCGCCAUCUGGAACAAACAACACACCGAAGAGUCCUGCUGGUACCUGAACCGGGCCGGUGAGAACACA